AUGGCUGAUGAGGUUAUUGUUCCACGAUGGCAGCCGGACGACGAGCUCUCGGCAUGCUCUAUAUGUGCGAACUCUUUUACCUUUCUCAACCGGAGACAUCAUUGUAGAAGAUGUGGCAGGCUCGUUUGUGGGCCUUGCUCGCCUCAUCGCAUUACGAUACCGCGCCAGUACAUUGUCCACCCGCCAGAAGAGCCCUUGAACCUUGAUGGUGGCACAAGAAGCCGAAGCAGUACAGGACCUUCUGACUACCCUGAUAAUCCGGCUCUGGGUGGUGGAGAGACUGUCCGAGUCUGUAAUCCUUGUGUGCCCGAUCCAAACUAUGGACCUCCGCCUCAGCAGCAGGACGAACAAAGAUCACCGCCACCUUCAACACGGUCACGUGCUGUGACUUAUGCCGCAGACGAAGGGGCAACAUCAGGCAUAAGUUUUGCCAGAUUGUUUGGCUCGCUGGGCGUAUCCGAUUCAGAUCAGACUACCUGCCAAUCUGCGCCUCACAGUACUCGGACACUGAGCGAUUUUAAUGGCACUCCACCUCAAUCAACAGACAGGCGAGGAUCGUAUCGACCACAAUUACACACAGCGAGGUAUCAGGCUUUGAAUAGUGUACCUCAGCGUCCGAGAUCAUCAACUCAGGGAAUUCGCACCCGCUCAGACAAUGAUACUGGACAUUUAUCACGAACACGAUACCGAUCCUCCUCGCAUACACCAACGCCAAUCGCAGCUACGCAGGCCGCAAAGGUCCAAAUGCAGCGACCGCAAGGUCGGGAAGUAUUGGGUGAGGAAGAUGAAUGUCCUGUGUGCGGUACUAGGAAUUACCCUUUUGGCGCAAAUGACACCAGCGGCACAAGCGAGGAGCGAGAACGACACGUUCAGUUUUGCAUUUCAAGCCAUCUAGCAGGACCCAGCCACGGGGGAACGGCAGCAGAAACACCAGAUCAGACAGGGUCAGGCGAGACCGAGACCGAGACCAUGGCUGUUGGUAGCGUGCCACAGCGAGCGGCAAACAUGCUUGGGGCCAACACGGCGAGGCAGCGCAUGCUAGUAUAUCAUGCAACCGAGAAGGACUUUUUUGACGAAGAUGGAAACGCACAGGAGUGUAUAAUCUGCUUUGAGGAGUUUGAAGAAGGGGCUGAGAUGGGCAGAUUGGAAUGUCUAUGCAAAUUCCACCGAGCGUGCAUCAAGGGGUGGAUGGAAACACGAGGUCGAGGCACGUGUCCAACACAUCAAUUGCAUGAUUGA